UUGAAUGAGAUAACUCAUGGGAAGCGCUCCACCAGGGUCUGACGCUAGAAAGCACUUUGUCAGAAUUGUAGCUUUCGUAUAUAAUAUUUCAUCUUCUUGUCCCUAAAGCCUAGUUCAAUCCCUGAAAUCUCUUGGAGGAUUUGGACAUGCUGGCUGACUGAUUCAGUGCAAGAAAAGAACGAUUCCAGGCGCGGAGAAGGCAGAAGCCGCAAGCGUGGCUCCGCUCAACGCGAAACAAAAUCCUAAGAAGAACAGAUCGCGGGAGAGGUUGGGGAGCCAGCAGGGCGCACUCGACGCCGGGGCAGGACACUGGGAGCCUGCAGCAGGGACGUGGGUGGGGGGUACCCCAGGCGACCGCAAAGCUCCCCGUGGCUCGAGGGAGCGUCACGGCCAGAGAAGGAAGGGCGGGUGAGGCGCCAAGAGACGCGCCGGAGGUGAGAGAGAAGGAAGGCAAAGGGCCCUGGGUGAGGAGAUGGGAGGCCGAGCGCGGAGGGAAGGGGUGAAGAGCCGGCCCCCCUCCUGAAGAAGACUCUUCAGAUCCCCGCGCGCGGGGACCGUUUGGACGUAACCGCCUCCCGUCUCGGUGCCCGUCCACCCAGCCGGGGUUGGCCCUGCCACCGUCGCCACAUCCCGCCUCCAAUUCCCGCCCCGCUUCCGCUCGGCUUUGACCCCGCGCUUCACAGCCACCCCGGUCCACUCUACCCGCUCCGCACCUCACACACGGCCCGCCGGCGGCCGCCGCCAUCUUCGCGCGCGCGCGCGCCCUAACCCCGCCCCCAGACGACAUGCCCACGUGACCGCUCGCCCCCGGAUCCGGAGUGUGGGCGGGGAUUUCGUCACGUGACGUUGCCGCGGGGCGGUGCCAAGAUGGCGAGGCCCAAAGAGGUGAGGAGCCGGCAGCGGGGGCGGCUGUAACUGUGAGGAAGGCUGCAGAGUGGCGACGUCUACGCCGUAGGUUGGAGGCUGUGGGGGUGGCCGGGCGCCAGCUCCCAGGCCGCAGAAGUGACCUGCGGUGGAGUUCCCUCCUCGCUGCUGGAGAACGGAGGGAGAAGGUUGCUGGCCGGGUGAAAGUGCCUCCCUCUGCUUGACGGGGCUGAGGGGCCCGAAGUCUAGGGCGUCCGUAGUCCCCCGGCCUCCGUGAAGCCCCAGGUCUAGAGAUAUGACCCGAGAGUGCCUAUCUCCGGCCCCGGGGCCUGGGGCUCUGCUGAGUGGAUCGGUGCUGGCAGAGGCGGCAGUAGUGUUUGCAGUGGUGCUGAGCAUCCACGCAACCGUAUGGGACCGAUACUCGUGGUGCGCCGUGGCCCUCGCAGUGCAGGCCUUCUACGUCCAAUACAAGUGGGACCGGCUGCUACAGCAGGGAAGCGCCGUCUUCCAGUUCCGAAUGUCUGCAAACAGUGGCCUACUGCCCGCCUCCAUGGUCAUGCCUUUGCUUGGACUAGUCAUGAAGGAGCGGUGCCAGACUGCUGGGAACCCGUUCUUUGAGCGUUUUGGCAUUGUGGUGGCAGCCACUGGCAUGGCAGUGGCCCUCUUCUCAUCAGUGUUGGCGCUCGGCAUCACUCGCCCAGUGCCAACCAACACUUGUGUCAUCUUGGGCUUGGCUGGAGGUGUUAUCAUUUAUAUCAUGAAGCACUCGCUGAGCGUGGGGGAGGUGAUCGAAGUCCUGGAAGUUCUUCUGAUCUUCGUUUAUCUCAACAUGAUUCUGCUGUACCUGCUGCCCCGCUGCUUCACCCCUGGUGAGGCACUACUGGUAUUGGGUGGCAUUAGCUUUGUCCUCAACCAGCUCAUCAAGCGCUCUCUGACACUGGUGGAAAGUCAGGGGGACCCAGUGGACUUCUUCCUGCUGGUGGUGGUAGUAGGCAUGGUACUCAUGGGCAUCUUCUUCAGCACUCUGUUUGUCUUCAUGGACUCAGGCACCUGGGCCUCCUCCAUCUUCUUCCACCUCAUGACCUGUGUGCUGAGCCUUGGUGUGGUCCUACCCUGGCUGCACCGGCUCAUCCGCAGGAAUCCCCUGCUCUGGCUUCUUCAGUUCCUCUUCCAGACAGACACCCGCAUCUACCUCCUAGCCUAUUGGUCUCUGCUGGCCACCUUGGCCUGCCUGGUGGUGCUGUACCAGAAUGCCAAGCGGUCAUCUUCCGAGUCCAAGAAGCACCAGGCCCCCACCAUCGCCCGAAAGUAUUUCCACCUCAUUGUGGUAGCCACCUACAUCCCAGGUAUCAUCUUUGACCGGCCACUGCUCUAUGUAGCCGCCACUGUAUGUCUGGCAGUCUUCAUCUUCCUGGAGUAUGUGCGCUACUUCCGCAUCAAGCCCUUGGGUCACACUCUACGGAGUUUCCUGUCCCUUUUUCUGGAUGAACGAGACAGUGGACCACUCAUUCUGACACACAUCUACCUGCUCCUGGGCAUGUCUCUUCCCAUCUGGCUGAUCCCCAGACCCUGCACACAGAAGGGUAGCCUGGGGGGAGCCAGGGCCCUCGUCCCCUAUGCCGGUGUCCUGGCUGUGGGUGUGGGUGAUACCGUGGCCUCCAUCUUCGGUAGCACCAUGGGGGAGAUCCGCUGGCCUGGAACCAAAAAGACUUUUGAGGGGACCAUGACAUCUAUAUUUGCGCAGAUCAUUUCCGUAGCUCUGAUCUUAAUCUUUGACAGUGGAGUGGACCUAAACUACAGUUACACCUGGAUUUUGGGGUCCAUCAGCACUGUGUCCCUCCUGGAAGCAUACACUACACAGAUAGACAAUCUCCUUCUGCCUCUCUACCUCCUGAUAUUGCUGAUGGCCUAGCUGUUACAGUGCAGCAGCAGUGACGGAGGAAACAGACAUGGGGAGGGCGAACAGUCCCCACAGCAGACAGCUACUUGAGCAUGAAGAGCCAAGGUGUGAAAAGCAGAUUUGAUUUUUCAGUUGAUUUAGAUUUAAAAUAAAAAGCAAAGCUCUCCUA